AUGGAGCCGGGGCCCGGGCGCUGGGACGCGGCCGUCUGCGUCCUGACCGGCGCUUCCCGGGGCUUCGGGCGCAGCCUGGCGAGGCUGCUGGCUCGGCGGCUGGGCUCGGGCUCGGUGUUGCUGCUGCUGGCGCGUUCGGCGGCGCCGUUGGCCGAGCUGGCGGCCGAGCUGCGGGGCGGCGGUACCGGCGGUACCGGGCUGCGGGUGGAGUACGUGGCCGCCGACCUGGGCUGCCAAGAGGGGCUGCGGAGGGCGACGGCUGCUCUGCGGGAGGUGCUGGCCGUCGUCCCGCCCGGCCGCCUGCUUCUCGUCAACAACGCCGGCUCCCUGGGAGACAUCUCCAAAUCCUUCCUCGAUCUCACCGACCCGGACGAGAUCAACAGCUACUUUGCCUUCAACGUCACCUCGGCGCUUUGCCUCACCUCCACCGCCCUGCAAGCCUUUGGGAAGCGGCCCGGCUCCAGCAGGACGGUGGUGAACAUCUCCUCGCUCUGUGCCGUGAAGCCCUUCAAGAACUGGGCGCUGUAUUGCAGCGGGAAGGCUUCCCGGGAUAUGAUGUUCCAGGUGCUGGCGCUCGAGGAGCCUGAUGUCCGUGUGCUCAACUACGCCCCGGGUCCUCUGGACACGGACAUGCAGCUCUUGGCCCGGACUAAGACUGGAGACCCUGAGAUGCGUCAGUAUUUCCAAAGCCUGCAGGAGAGUGGCCAGCUGAUAGAUUGCACCAUGUCAGCCCAGAAACUGGUGAAUCUCCUGGAGAAGGACACCUUCCCCUCCGGCGCCCACGUGGAUUUCUACGACAUCUGA